AGAUACUUCUAUCAGGUUAUCGUUACAUCUUGGUGCAGGAAGAGAUGAUUUUAGCGCAAAAAUACUGCUCAAAGCUUUAGCAGCAUUAUCACCAUCUGAUGUACGUUAGUCGUCAUCGUGAAGGGUGAAGCUGAUAUUCGGGAUCGAAGCAUUUUUUGUUUUCACUUUUUGGUUUUGUCGCAAUGAGAUCGAACGAGCCAACCAACAAGAAAGAGGAAGUGGAGGAAGUAGUAAAAGCGACGAAAAGAGAUGAAACGAAGAAAAAUGAUUCAGAUGACAAGAAGAACAAAGAGAAGCGUCGAGAUUCCGUAACAGGUUCAACUCUGGAUACAAGUUCAUCAUCAAACAGUUCUGUUGAUUCGGAUGAAGUUGACGCGACGGAACACAAUGAUUCGAAAAGUACAAUGAUUUCCGAAAAAUUAAAACUGCAAGUGGAUAGCAAAGCGAUGAAUAGAGUCUCGACAAUUUCAAAUGCGGAGUCAGGUAAAGUACCUAAAUCAGUUGUCGAAUUCAACAAUGACAGAAAGAAUAAGCAGCUAAUGAACAUGGAUAAUGCUGCAGAUGAACGGAAUGGCCCAGACAGCAGUGCAAAGAAGUCAAGGAAGCGCAAUCGGAAGCAAGGUAGAAAAAACAAACGGGAUAUCCUGUCCGAUCAAAAUGAAAGGAAUCUUUUAUGCGCCGUCGAUGAAAGCACAAAAAGAGGAACAUUAGGGGCACCGAAAGAUGGUGUUAUGGCCAUUUGCCCAAAACUGGGAUCUUGGACGACAAAAAAUGAAGUUAUAAACAUUGAUGGAAUGGAGACAUCGAAUUUGUUGUAUAUGACUGACACUAGUAAUAAGUUUGCCCAGCGUUUCACUCACUGGAUACGGAAGUUUUAUAUCGCAACUGUUGAUGGUGAUAUCGAGGAAUUUAUGAUUAUGUUCACCUGCAUUUUGCAAAUUUUAAAGAAUACUGGUAGUGAAUAUUGUAAGCGUUUGUCUGGAUAUCAGUUGAAGGAGCAUGUGAUGAACAAUGUUGUCUGUGUAUUCUUCAACAAAUCAGAAAACACAUCUAUUUUACAUCUUCUUGCACCAACAAAAAAUACCGACCGUCCAUGUAGUUUGAGAAACCAUGGUUACUGCAGAUUGAUUAAAAUAAUUUUGAAUAUGUUACCGUGGAAAAGUCGGAGAAUUUUACUUGCUACAUCCACAAAAAGGACAGGAAAAACUGCCUUACAUUUGGCAGCUGCUACAGGGCAGCCAUGUCAAAUGCAAGCUUUGAUGGAUUUUGGAGCCUGGCCAGAUUUCUUUGAUCAUUCUGGACGUGCACCAAUACACUACGCAGUUAUGAGGAAUAAUUUAGAAAUGGUGAAACUGCUUUUGUGGUAUGGAGCGGAUAUAUCAUUAAGAGAGCGUUCGGCGACACCACUUCAACUUGCAGGCUAUUUACCAACAACUACAUUGAUAUGUGAGUACCUACAUGCACGAGUUAAUGCAUUGGAAAAAAUAUUUAUGCAAUGGAUCAGGAAAUAUGUGAGGGGUGUUUGGACACCCGUAUGUGCUAUUUCCGAUUUGCAUUUUGCAAGGUUGUCAAAAGCAUGUGAUUCAAGAAGAGAUGCAUCUCGGAAUUUUACAACCAAAAAUCGUAAAAUUCAUAUAAAUAUUUCGGGGACGCGCAAUGCCAACCCGCAGCUCAUGAAAUGUCCACUAAUGUUACUUUUCAUUGUACCAACGUUCUAUAAGAGGGAAGACAGAAUAGCAGAUGCUUCCAAUCCACAGAUAUUCUGUGCAAAACUGCAAAAUGUAAAUGGCUUUGUUGUUAAAUUACUUCCAUCAAAUCCACUACUAAGUUGUUCAAAAUGGAGUAUUGGCAUCAGAUCAGCCCUUGAAAAACCUCAUAAUGGGUAUUUUUACGUAUAUAAACUGCCAGAAAAUAUUGAAAUCGAUUCAUACGCACUCCACUUGAUGGUAGAAUUAGAAGAGCUACGUUUUCAAGCUCCUCACAUAACGCUCGCAAUACAGGCUUUUGCAUGUGGUCCACCAGACUUAGAGCAUUAUAACGAACUACGAGGCCUCGUAACUCAUUCAAACAAUAAGGCGAAAAUGGACUGA